UGCCAUACUUCAACUUGAUUUCUUAAAGAAAUUAAAAAAAUCUACUAACGCGUUGGUCAGAAUUUGGUCAUCAGCUUUGCUUGAACCAUGCUUAUAUUAUUAGUACUUUAUCCUCCCCAGAAUUUCGUUUAACUAGUUAAGCAGUUUUUCUUAACAAGUGACCUAUUUUUCUCUCGAAUCCCUUCUUCAUCGUGUUGAAAUUGGUCAAAACAGUGAAAGAAUCGGAAGAUUUCUGUAGCCAAAAUGAUGGAUUUGUGAUAAGCGAAGCUUGUUACUGGUAAUUUUAGGAGAAAGAGAAGGAUGUUGCUGCUAUUUAUAGUGUUUGUUCUGGGAGCUGUAACGGUUAUUGCAAUUGAAGCUGUGUGCGUGGUGUAUUUGAUACGCUGGUUGAACCGUAGACUUGCUCGUGAAGUAGAUAAAGCAAAACCGGACGGGUCGCUAUCGUCUACUGAGGAUUUCGAUUUCUCGUUGUACCUGAAACAGGGGACAGUCUGGGUUCUAGAAUCUGAAAGAAUACCAAAGGCUCUUCCAGUGGAUAAAGCCGUGACGCAGCAAAAAAGCAAGAAGGAGGUCUUAGAGGUUACACCUACUCAGAAAUUUGCACAAAUCAAGGAUCAUCAUCUCGUAUUUACAGAGUCAGAUGGUUCCCAUGUAGAAAUUCCACUGAAAGGUUGCAUAAUAGCAGCUGUUUCAGCGUCAAGCUUGUCCACUAGAAAAUGGGCGAAAAGAUAUCCUAUCAAAAUAGAGUGCAGAGCAUCAACUUCAUGUGAAGGAAGUAGAAUACUGUACAUUUAUCUUGAGACAUGUUGGGAGAAAGAAGCAUGGUGCAAAUCCCUUCGUCUUGCUUCCUGCGAGGACCAAGUAAAACUUACGUGGUUUGCCAAGUUGAACAUAGAGUUUCAAAAUUACCUGACGUCAUUAAAUGCAGGUUAUCCUUCAUUUAUGAAACCGUAUUCAAGUGUUAGUCCUGAUUUAGGUGAUAAAUCAAGUAAGUUUGAUGGUUCCUCAUCAAAAGUUCGGCAAUUUCUGAAAAAGCUUGGCAAGAAAGCUUCUAAGAGUAUUCCAGAAAACAAAGGAAGCAGCAUUUCAACGUCUGAUCAUGAAGAAAGGAAGAUAAGUGAGAGAGCUCAAUCCUUACAAGACCUUUCUUUUGCUGGUGGAGGUAUCAAGUUGGCUCCAACACGAAAACCUCUUGAUUUUUCUACUAAGGACGUUGCAGUGCCUUCAUCUACAUCAACAUCUUCUGGAUUAGGAAGCCGGAGUCAAACGUCAGUUACUUCUGAUGCGGAUUCUGAUGAGAGAAUUUUUGGUGAUGAAGGAACUCUUUGUUGGAACUUGUUGAUAUCCCGUUUGUUUUUUGAUGCUAAAAGAAACGACCAGAUGAAAACCUCUUUGCAAGCCAGGAUUCAGAGAACGCUGUCAAAUAUACGAAUUCCUAGCUACAUAGGCGAAGUGACAUGUACUUCUGUUAAUAUUGGUAACCUUCCUCCCUACAUACGUGCAAUGAGGGUUCUUCCCUCGGACAUGAAUGAGUUUUGGGCCUUCGAAAUUGAUCUUCAGUAUUCUGGUGAUGCAAUCUUGGAGGUCGAGACGAGGGUAGCAGUUCAGGACCUUGAUUUACCUGAAGGUGAUGAACCAGAAACAGAAUCCGGUGCUAUUCAUGAUGUGAAAUAUGAUUUACUAGAAGGGGUUGAGCAGUUUGGAAAACAAAAGCAUUCUGAAGUGAACGUUGAUAAGAUGGACCAAGCCAAGGAAGAUGGGAUGAGAAGCUCCAAUAGCACUCCAAAUGUGUUGCCUCAAGUUUCUAAGUGGAAGUCUAUCUUUAAUUCUGUUGCCAAGCAGGUCUCACAGGUAUCACUCUCUCUGGGGAUAAGGAUCGCAUCCAUUCAAGGAACUAUGAGGCUCUACAUAAAGCCACCACCUUCAGAUCAAAUAUGGUUCGGAUUCACAUCGAUGCCCGAUAUAGAUAUCCACUUGGACUCUUCCGUUGGGGAGCAUAAGAUCUCAAGUGGGCAUCUCUCUUUGUUCCUAAUCAAUCGGUUCAAGGGUGCUAUUCGUGAAACACUGGUACUUCCAAACUGUGAAAGUGUAUCCAUCCCAUUUAUGUUAGCAGAGAAGGACGAUUGGGUCCCCCGACAAGUUGCCCCAUUUUUAUGGCUGAAUCGAGAAGGUGCAGGUAAUAAUGCGAACAGACAAGAAGCAUCCAGCUCCCAACCUGCGGAUGCAACACGAGUCACUGAAGUUGACAAGGGAGGUACCAAUGGUAAUUCUGAAAGCAAAACUGAAAUUCCAGGAAAAACAGGAUGGAGUACUCAACAAAGCAAGUCAUUGGAUCCACAUGCAUUAUUAUCAGUUCCUACGCAUAGUCCAGAAACAGGAAGCACCUCUAGCAAUGGCGGAAGCAAUCAAGCGAAGACGAAAAAACUUGGAUGGUCUGCCCUGCAAAGCAAAUCACUGGAUCAUGCGUCUCUAUCAGUUCCUAUAGCACAGCCUGGCACAAAUAACCAGCCUUUGGAAGAAUUGGGAGCACCAUUGUUGAAGCAUGAGGAACAGCAAGAGGGUCAUCUCGAAAGCACAGCGGAGAACAUAGAAUGCAAGUCACCUUCUCGACAACUGUUACUACUUGAAAAAAAUCAAAUUACUGGAGAAGAUGAUUCAAAGUGUACAAGAUUAGGGAGAAGGGCUAGGAUGCUUGGUUUGGGGAAGAAAAUGGGGGAGAAACUGGAAGAAAGGGCACGUCACAUAGAAGAAAAGGGGAGAAAUUUAGUUGAGAGAAUGAGGGGACAACAGUGAAAUUAAGGAACAUUGUAAAUUUUACAGUAUGGCCAGUUCAUUUAUUUUCACAACGCAAGUCCCUGUGUAUCUUGUUACUGGCAUUUCUUUUGUGCUUCACUGUCUUCAGUCUUCACUAACGAAAUUAUCCAAUGGUUCACAUGUUUCAGUA